AUGACCUGGGGAGGGGGUGGUGUGGCCAGAGACAAUGAUCUAAAAAUUCUAAAACGAUCGAUUGUCACGUGGCGGAAAAGGCGAUGUGGUGAUGUGAUUUCUGAGUUGCGAGGGAGUCGCAGCUGCAGUAGUACCAGUACCGCCAGCACGAGAUUCACGGUCGGGAACGUGACGGUCAGGCCGGGCUCGGCGGAAGGUUUCUUGGACGUUUCGGGUGGUGGAUACUUGCACGCGGAUGGCGAACGUUUCGAUGGCAGUCCGUUCGACCGGGUGAACACCGUGAACGCGGACGACAAUCUACUGCGACUCGAGUCAUUUCACACGUUCGUGUCUGUUCGGCGGUUGAGCUUGCGACGCAACCGUUUGAAGUCCGUCAAACCAAUUGAUGGUGAUUUGGCAGAAACAUUAAUUCGUUUAGACGUUUCAGAAAACCAACUGAAUCCAGACGACAUAUAUCGCUUGUCCAUCAUGUCAAAACUAGAGCAACUUUAUAUGUUAGCCAAUAAUCUGACGGCUAUUCCCGAGAGCAUUACAAAUUGUCAUUGCUUCUUGUCGCUUAAACUACUAGACUUGAGCGACAAUUACCUGUCAUGUCCCAGGACGUUCUAUGUGUUGUCGACACUGCACAAUUUGCAAGUAUUGAACAUGAGCAACAAUCGAAUAUCGUUUAUACCCUAUUUAGUAAUGAAACAGGAGUCUGAUUAUAUAAAUGGUAAAAAUCAAACAGAAGCUUACCAGGAUAACGAGGACAUGGAAAACGACAAAAAUGAUGAUACAAAAGAGAUCGUAUACCACGCUUAUCAUAUUCCAUUUGUCAGUCUAAUUACAAUAAAUUUGUCAAACAAUAUGCUAGCUCACAAUUCUUCGGUGCUGUCGUUAAUUUGUUGGCCAUCAUUGAAGAAUGUUAUACUAACGGCAAAUACCAUUAGUUUGAAUAAAAAUUUGAUAGAAUUCAAAAAAUUGAUGUCCACUUUAAGUGUGUUUAAUAUUAAAACGAAAAGAUAGUGAGUAGUUUUAAAAAAAAAUAAAGUCACUAUGAUUUUAGA